CUUCUUCUCACUUGUCAUGUCCUCUGCCCCCGCUUAAUCGGCUCCGUCCCCUGGCGAUUUCACUUUUCGAGCCCUAAGAUAGCAAGAAUCCAUCCCCGAUCUCUUUCCUCCUCUGCACAAUUCAGUUUGAUAACAAUUCUCACUGACAAUGGAUGACGAUGGCGAUCGCAUCAUCGACGAUGAGAUUUACAGCAAUGGCGUCGCCAAGGAAAGUCUACCAGAAGCGGAAGAUACCGACACCAGCUUUCUCCCUAUGGAAACCGAUCGAGACGUCACUGCCGCCGUUGCCACUGCAACUCCCGACACGGAAACCGAUCCCUUAGCUGAUGUAAAGGUGGAGGCAGUAGCUUCCGAAGAUAUAACCAGAGAAUUCCAGGAAUUGCUGAAUUUGGAAAGAGUUUCGGAAGAUGAUGAGCCUCUUCCAAAGAAGCAGAGGCAGUUCUCUUUGUUGACAUCGACAACAGAUCAGGUAGCUAUUAAGGUAGAACACAUCGAAGAGGAAGAAGUAAAACCAGAGACGCCUGCAACAGAGGAAAUGUCCGCUGCCAAUGCACCAGCAACAAAGAUUGCCAAGAAAUACAAGAGAAAGAACAAUAUUUGGAGUAAACCUAAUUCCCGUAAAGUUAGGAGGAAACCAAAGAACAAAGGACAACAAGCUGAUGAUGAUUCUGUUUAUAUCACUCCUGUUCCUAGAUUUCCUGAUAAAAUCGAUGAUACUCCCGACAUGGAAAUCUGUAUGUCUAAGGUUUACAAAGCUGAUAAGAUUGAAUUGAGCGAUGAUAGAUUGAGUGUUAGUAGUACAAAGGGCUAUAGAUCAGCUAGAGCCACCAGAGGUGUUGUUGAAGGGGCGUGGUAUUUUGAGAUUAAAGUGGUAAAUCUAGGGGAGACUGGACAUACGAGGUUGGGAUGGAUUACAGAGAUUGGGGACUUGCAAGCACCUGUUGGAUUUGAUGCAAAUAGCUACGGGUACAGAGACAUCGACGGGUGUAAGAUAUAUAAGGCUUUGAGGGAGAAAUAUGGGGAUGAAGGUUACACAGAGGGUGACAUUAUCGGGUUCUAUAUUAAUUUGCCUGAGGGAAGUAUCUACGCUCCCAAGGAACAGAAUUUGGUCUUGUACAAAGGGCAAAAGUAUGUUUCUAAGUCUGCUGAUGGGAAAGAAGAAGAUCCAAAGGUUGUACCAGGAAGUGAAAUAUCUUUCUUCAAGAAUGGGAUAUGCCAAGGAACUGCUUUUUCGGAGCUCUUUGGUGCACGUUACUAUCCUGCAGCUUCAAUGUACACUCUUCCAAACCAACCAAAUUGUGUUGUCAAGUUCAACUUUGGCCCUCAUUUUGAUUUCUUUCCGAAUGACUUUGGCAACCGUCCUUUCCCAAGACCCAUGAGUGAAGUUCCUUAUCAGGGCUAUGAAGUCAAACCUGAUAAUGGUGAUGCAUGGUCUUAUGGUGGAAUAUUUACUAUGUUGAAUAUGGUGAAAGGUGCCGAUUUUGAAAUUGCAAACGCUGCAGAAGCAACCUGUUAAACUAAGAAGGUGAUGAGAUACACAGAAGACGGCGAUUUGGAGAAGAAGAUCGGAAUGAUACGAACGGAGAUGAGAAUUCGAGAAGAUGAAGAUGAGACCAAGGAGAACAAGCUAAAUGAGAAGCUAGACAGAUCGCCACAUUCCUCUCCCUUGAGAAGGAGACGAUUGCGUAGCCUGCAUCUAAGCCCUUCGAAUUGCCAUCGGAGGUUCGGAAAACUGGUUUGAAUUGACAAUGCAUCUUUCCAGGAACUACACCAUCUUCCUCUAUCAAGGGGACAAUUUUGAAAAUCCCCUUCUUUUUUGUGCAUCGAUUUCCAUCAAAAAUAGGUCGAAUUAGUUGAAAUACCUGUUCCAUCUCCCAUAGUAGGCUGAAAAACCGUCUUCAUUACCAUAAAAGGUAACGCAAGAAGCGUUCAAAGCAUUACAAAUUGAAAUGAGAAGAGAAACAAAAACAGUAAGAACAAUGGGAGAAAAAUGAUACGAGCGAGAGUUCAGAUGAGAAGAGAAAAGUCACGAGAAAGCUGACUUGAGAGUUGUAAUCAAAUAAGGAGAAAGAAAAGGGAAAUAGAGCUAUUGUUCAUUCAACAUACUUUGAGAAUCUCGCCCAAAAUCUGUUACAACCAUAGUGAUGAGGUGGCCUAACAACUAAGGGCCAAAACUAAAAAAUAAAAAGAGGUCAGGGACUUCAACAGAAAAGGAAAAACAGAAAUAAGAACAGACAAUUGAAACUGAUCUAGUGCUUCCACGGCCAUUAGAUCAAUCUCUAGUUGCCGUUGUAUCAAUACCCAUUCUUCAAAAGCUCGGCGUCCUCGCCGAAUUUGGACAGAACGUUUCUUCUUAUUUCCCCGAGCCACAAACGUCUCCGGAUGUUGAAGAAUCAGUGCCUCUGCAUCUUCCCACGAAUUCUCCUCGGUCCGACCACUUGAUUAACACCUGACGACGACGUCCGUCUUCCAUGGCCACUACCUUUCAUCCCGCCGGAAUUCCAUUAGUCAAAUUCAAGCUCGGAAUUUCUUCCACUCUACUCGGCGUGCCCUUGUACUCCUUCAGUUGAGAGCUGUGGAAGACAUUAUUUAUCUUUGCCUCUUGAUUUAAUUCCAAUCGAUAACUGGCAGUAGGGUUGGAGCUCAACAAGAAUCAAGUCAUCCACUGCUUCUUUUCUAUGCUUAUUUUGUACUUGUUUCAUUUGAUUCUGAGCUCUUGCCAAAUGAAACAUGAGAAGUUGAAGUGUUGCCUCCCUCGAUAGAAAAGUUCAGUUAAUAUCUUCAAUCUCGAGUCAUCCGCUUUAAACUUCUCAUUUUGAAGCAAUAUAUGGUUAUAAACCAUUAGUGCACACUCCAUAUAUCUCAUUGAUGUGGACGUUGCCCUGUCAUACACCUCAAAUAAGUUUUCAAACAAUUACUUCAGUCUCUCCAUCAGUUUGCGGAUGAUAAAGUUUGAUGUACACCUUGUAAUUUCAAAAAUUCACACCAAAAGGUACUGAGAAAGAUUUUGUCUCGAUCACUUACAACAGAUAGUGACAUACCAUGGAGUUUAAAGAUAUUUUGAAUGAACACUUCCGCUAUCUUCUUGGCUGUGAAGGGAGGUUGAAGACCUACAAAGUGAGCCUUCUUUGAUAGACGAUCAACCACAACCAAAAUAGUUGUUUUUCCUCUCACUUUGGGUAAGUGUUCAAUGAAAUCCAUCGAUAUUGAUUCUCAAAAUUUAUUCGGAUUGGACUAGGUUGAAGAUGACCUUUCUUACACGAAUUGUCUGCUUUGUUUCGUUGACAUACAUCACAGGUACGUAUGAAUUCUCGAACAUCUCUUGCGAUAUUUGUCUAAAAAUAUACCAGUUGUAGUUUCUUUAAUGUUACUGACAGACCCGAGUGACCUCUAGUGGGACUAGAGUGCAUUGAAGCAAUAAGAAUUGUUCUCAACUCUGGAUUAGAGCCAACCAAUCUCUCAUCUUUACAUGUGUUAUCGAUGAAUGUGAAGCUCGGUUGAGUCUCAAUAUCCUCUUGAAUUAGUUUGAUCAGGUUGGAUCAGAAUUCCAAGUCAGGUUAAUCCUUGUUAUAACAGGUGAAUUAUACAAUAAAAGGCCUGUGCACUGCAUCUCCGCAGGUCUUCGUGAUAGAGCAUCAACAACAACAUUAUGAUGAUCUUUCUUGUAUUGCACAGUGAAAUCAUACCCGACCAACUUGUACAACCAUUUUGCUUGAGCUGGAGUUUGAACUCUCUGUUCAAGGAGGUGUUUCAGAAACUCAUGAUCCGUUUUCACCACGAACGGUUUAUAUCGCAAUUAUGGCCUCCAUUUCACUACUGCAAAUGUGAGAGCUAACAAUUCUUUCAUUGUCGCUCGACUGAAAAUGCUAUGGGACGGUUGUUCUGCACCACUACUUUCCCAAUGCCGAAGCCACUCACAUUUGUCUCUACCACAAACGGAAUAGAAAAUUUUGGAAGAGCCAAGAUGGGAGGUGUCAUCAUAAGUGAUUUGAGCAGUUUAAAGGCCUCCUCAACUUGAUCGUUUCAUGCAAAGUUACCUUUUUUUAGCAGCUCAGUUAAAAGACGCAGUCACACCAUAGUUUUGAAUGAAUCUUCUAUAAUAUGAUGAAUGGCUUCAGAACCGUGUUCAUGAGACUUUGAAAAGUAGAGGGCGCAUUGGUCAAUCCAAAUGGCAUACUAAGAACUCGUAAAACCCCUCAUGAGUGCGGAAAUCAGGCAUGUGACAGUCUUUAUUCGAAUUUGAUGGUAGCCUAACCGAAGAUCGAGUUUGAAAAAUACCUCCGAACCGUGAAGUUCUUCAAGCAGUUCUUCAAUGAUCGGUAUGAAAAUUAUUCUUAAUUGUAGCUGCAUUUAGUUGUUUGUAAUUGAUACAUAUUCACCACGAAAGAUCCUUUUUUCGCACUAGGACCACUGGUGCAGUGAAUGCACUAUGACUAUGUUGUAUUAUUCCUUUGUCUAACAUAUCAUUUACCAUAAUUUAAUUUCACCCUUUAGAAUGGCAGGACACCUAUUGGCUGAGUUACUGAGUAUCCUCAGAUUUGAUGAGAUCGUGGUCACGUAGAGGAGGUAGUCCCAUUGGGUUUUAGAAUAAGUUUUCAUAUGCUGCAAGUACGUGAGCCAAUUCUUACGGUGCUUCAUGAAGACUCAGCUGAAAUAGCAAAAAACUGACUCAUACUGUCCUCUGGAUUUCUCAUUUGAACAAAAGGAGGACCAGACUACAUCAUAACUUGACAUAUCUAGUAGCCGCAUAUCAGCCACAUAUUCUUCAUCAUUCAUAGUCUACUUAAGAUUCUUACAAUACCCCUCACUCAUUAGGUUAAAACCAUAAGCCAUUUUCACAGAUAAGGAUGGAUAAAAUAUGGUGGUUAAUCUUCUUAAGAAUUCUGCAUUUGAUAAAGUUGUUGGUAUUACCAGUAUCUAUGAGAAUUAUAACAGGGAGUAGUUCAAUUUUAUCAUAAAUCCUCAAGGUUUGAUAGUUCUUGGAUCUUGACGGAGCAUGGAUAGAAAUAGAGGGUGCAUCACUUGCUGGUUUAAAACUGGUGGGGUUAAGGUAGGGCCUUUGCUAUAUUCAGAUUCAUCAACCUACUUGGUGUAUCAUAAAUGGAGGGUCCAAACUGUAGGUGUAAUGAGUUCUUAAAGCCUACCCAGGUGAGAGCUAUUGUUGGGUUUCUUGACUGCAGGUAAGAUCCAUACCACGUCGGAGCAUCUUCCUAGAAAUGAAUGAGCGCAAUCUCCACCUUCGUAAUGUUGAAAUCAUCCAGCCUUCCACAUCCGUGCCAUCAAACUUGGGAAAUCCACUUUCGUCAAGCGAGUGGGUGAAACAUAAGGUCUAUCCCUUUGUGGCACAUGUGAAUCAUCUGGGCGAUCAGCUCCAUCUAUACUCGCCAAUAUGUGUAGUUGUUCUUCAAUAGAAACUACUUUGCCUUCCAUCCAUUUUCGCACUUCCACCAACGUUGAGAAAUCGAAGCUACCGAUGUACACAGGAGUCGUUUAUUCGACUGAUAUCUAGUUUCUUGACCAUCGUGAGAAUUGCUGCUCUGAUACCAAUAGAUACGAACGAGAGUUCAGAUGAGAAGAGAAAAUUCACGAUUCGUCUAAGAAGAUGAAGCUGAAGGGAAAAUAGAGUUAUUGUUCAUUCGUUCAACAUACCAGAUGAACGAAUGCUACUAUAGCUAAUAACCAUCUCAAAGAAUCUCGCCCAACUUCAACAGAAAAAAUAAAUAAAUAAGAAUAGGAACUUCAUACUGCUCUAGUGCCACCAUGUGGUCCUCUUCCCGCUAUUAGAUCUAUCUCUAGUUGCCGUUGUACAAAUGAUAAAAAAAAAUGUCCAUUCUAUAUGACAAGAUUUGUUAGUAAAUUGUUAAUUUCAUGUGUUGCAGGUUCUUGGAAGGAGAUUCUAUAUGAGCUUGAUUUGAACAUAAAUCAGAAAUUGCUUCUUCAACCAUGGAGAUAUCUUUCACCAGAAUGCUCGAUUCUUCAAGGUUUGCCAGAAUGAAAUUUGAUGAAAAUUUGUAAAAAAACUCUUGUCCGGAUUCCAGUAGAGCGUUUAUUUGAUUCACCAAAUUUGAGAGGGAAGAAUACAAAACCGUAAAAUUUUGAUGAUAUGUUGUUCAAUUUUGUUGCAGAAGAGGAAAUUAUCUGUGUUUUGGGUAGGAAGAUCGGAAACUCUGAUAUCAAUGUUACACGCUUGAUCCAAGACUAAAGAGAACAAUGUAUCAAUAUUGUUGCAGAAGAGAGAAAAUGUUUUUGCUAAUUAUGUUGUCUUGUUUCAUCUUUUGAUAAUAACACGUUUGUAUCGAUAUAGUCUUAACUCUCAACAAAAAAUAAACGAUAUAGUAAUGGCUUGCAUUGUGCAACGUUUUGUGAAGAAAUUGUUGCAAUGUUAUUUUAAUGUUAUGUAACA